CAUUUUCAUGAUUGCAGCGCUGGUCCCAAAGGUGACAACAUCUAUGAGUGGAGGUCGACCAUCCUGGGCCCCCCAGGCUCCGUGUACGAGGGGGGAGUGUUUUUCCUGGACAUCGCCUUCACCCCAGACUACCCCUUCAAACCACCCAAGGUGACGUUCCGUACGAGGAUCUACCACUGCAACAUCAACAGCCAGGGGGUGAUCUGUCUGGACAUCCUGAAGGACAACUGGAGUCCUGCCCUCACCAUCUCCAAGGUGCUGCUGUCCAUCUGCUCCCUGCUCACUGACUGCAACCCUGCCGACCCUCUGGUUGGAAGCAUCGCCACACAGUACACAACAAACAGACCCGAACACGACAGGAUAGCCAAACAGUGGACCAAACGCUACGCCACAUAAUCAGCAGAGGAGCUGCUGACUGGACCACUAGGGGGAUAUGGGGGCGUUGACUUUAGGGGGCUACAUGGCUCCCAGCAGAGGAGGGAGGCUUGAUUAGACAGAGGGGCGGGUGGAUUUUUAUCUCAGAAUUGAAGUCUUAACUCCGGAACAUUUUUGUUGUUUAUUGUAAUUUUUAAGUUAUCUCUUGCCCAAUAACUAUAACUCCAAUCUGGCAAUAAUGCAUUCAUUGUUUUCUCUUUUGAAUUUAAAGCUUGUGCUUGAAGAUGGACAUUAUUACUAAUCUGCUAGAUGAAAUGUAUCACAGCAUGACUCCCAGUCAAUUACGUCCGUGUAAAUUUUCUCCCAUGUACUAAGUUCCUGUUGGUGUUGGCUUGCCCCUCCAAUCUCCUGGUCUUUGCAGAGGUGUGUCACACAUGUAGACAUGUUUAGAUAUGGAUGGAAAUUGGUUGUGAUUUGUGUUCUUUCAUGAUAAAAAGCUGUUCUGUUUCUCCCGUAAAAAUUAAAACAUGACCAACUGAA